CUACUCUCGUGUUUCCUCCUUUCCUCUCUCAGCAUGGCUCCUCCGGUCAGUCUCCUCCGUCCUGCCUCCUCUCUCCCCCAGCAGAGUUAAGAGCUCUGGGCAGCUGCCUGCUUCUGAGAAGUCACAUGACUUACAGAAACUGAGCUGCAGGGGAAAAAAAGUGAAGGGAAGAAUCUCUACUGCAGUCAUAGGACCAAUCCCAGAGCCUGAACUUACUUUCAAUUUCACCAUUCUCUAAACACUGCAGAGAGUGUUUGGCAGCAGACUCCACCUAAACUCCACAACUCAACUUUAAGCAACAGACUCUCUCUCUUGUAGAAAUAUCAGCAGGACACAGAAACCUCCACCAUGUCCACUGCAGACCAGCUGCUGGAGCAAAUGUACUCCUGGAUCGAUCAGAGGGAGCAAUGUGCAGAGAAGCUGAAGAAGCUGGCCCGAGAGCUGGAGUCACUCAGGAAGAAAUGUAACGCCAGUGAAUGUGUCGGCAGCUCAGUGGCUGUGGUAGGAAGUGCAUGUUUGAUCGGAGCUGGCGUGGCCACUCUGUUGACCGGCGGUGCAGCUGCUCCCUUCUUAGGAUUAUUAGGAGGAGCGUAUACAGGGGUAGGUGUUGGGAUAUCUGUGAUUACUAAAAUCACUGAGCACCUCUCGUCCAGUAGCACCAUGAAAGAUGCAGAGAAGAUAGAAAGAAAAAGCAGUGAAAUUACAAAAAACAUCCAGGACCUGUUUGAGCAGCUGAAGACAGAGACGCAGCUGAAGAAAGAGAUGCAGCUGAAGACAGAGACGCAGGGGAGGAGUUACUCUGUGGAUCCCAACGACCUGGAUCAAGAGGUCACAAAUGAAAUCCUAAUAGCCAUUGCCAGGCGAAGUGGACUGCAGCUUCAUAAUGUGCACAUGUUCAAACAGCCCUUUUUUUUUAACGAAGGUGACAUGUUGCACAACCCGAGCUUCUCUCACCUUAGUAUCACAGUUGGACUUGUCGGUGUUUUAGCAUUCUUUACACUGAAACCAAAAGGGAAGAAGUUUGAACUUCUGUUUGUUAAAGGAGGCCAACAACUGGCCAAAGAAGUCUCUAAAACUGGACUUAAAACAGCCCUUAAAGGAGGCGCCAUGGUCGCAGGGGGAGUUAUUGGAUUGGCAUUUGCACUUCCUGAGGCGAUUGAUCAAUGGAAAGAAGCUGUCAAAAACAAUCACGUGACCGAAGCGAGCCAAUCACUGAGAGAUACAGCUGACGACCUCCAGAGGAUCAGCAGGACCCUGAGGAAGCAGCUGGAUGAGAUUCAACAAACGUUUAGGGAUUUUGAAGAACUGAAGUGCUGCAUUGAAAACAGCGACAGAAGCUCCAAGCAAAAGGAGAACUUUAUCAAAACUGUCAAAAAAUAUUGCGAUAAUCAAGUAAUCUUGGGAUGGCUGAACAAAGUGUAUGAUACUGAGGUCUUCUUCAAACUUGUGGACUUGUUUUACCUUCUGAAACAAGAGCUCGAUAAGAAAAAGAAGAAGACGGACAGAGAGGAGAUCGACAUCAUCUUUGUGGCACAUGGAUCCAUUGAAGAGCCUCUGAUGUCAGCCAGCAGUCUGCUCCCCCUGUCCACAAUCGAAGACGUGGUCCUGUAUUCUCCCUGGAACUGUGCUAUUGAUUCAUGUUCAGCUUAUGGUAUUGCUACAGGAAACCUUGAGCCUGAGCAAAGGGUCUUCCUCUGUACCAACAAUAAAUGUCCCACUCCUCAUGAUGGCCACAGACCCACCAAACUGCCCCAUUGCUGGAACUCAAUGAAGAAUGCUGGAGCACGGAUGAUCCCAAACAUCCUUGUCAGCCCUCUGAGAAAGCCAGAAGAUAAGGCGUGGAAAGGCUUCCUGUUUCUUCAAGGCAAAUAUGGUGAGCCUGGGAGAAACCGAGUUGUUAUUCCGUACAUGCUGCCAAGAGUUUUCGGUUACUCGAUGACGUUCCCGCUUUAUGUCGUCACUCUGGCCCUGUCGCUAGUGCUCUUCAUCUUUCCAUUCAAAGCAACUUUCCACCUCGCUGCUUGUCUGGGUAGAUCUUCACCAACAACGCUGUCCGAGCAGGGUGAGAGCCUGAACCAGCAGUAUUCAUGCACUAUUGACGACACAGCAAUGACAUGCCCAGAGGGAAUGUUUUAUGAACACCCUGAGCUGUACAGAGCUCUGAGGGCUGUGUUUGAUCGAUAGGUCAUUUCCAUAGACUGUAUAAAAUAUGGUUGAGUAUCCGUGACGUCACCCAUCUGUUCCUGAGAUCUGUUUUGAAGCCAAUCGACGGCGGCAGCCAUAUUGGAAAUGCGGAACUCAACCAGGCAGAGUGUGACGUAGUGUGAGCCUCCUAGCCAACAGCUAUGUGUUUCCGACCAGGAGUCACGUCAGUCAUGUCCUUAUUUGGGCAAAAACUUAUAAUCUUAAUAUCUUCUGAACCGUCAUGUUAGAAAAUAAUUCACCCCCCAUACAGUGUGUGCCAUUAGAGAGAUUAGCUUCAUAGAGCCAAGCCGUUUUUUGAACCAGGCUGUUAACAUGUUUAUUAAUGCUGCAAAGGUCGUCUUUAUCCCAUUCAUGUCUAUGUGGUUUCUGAUGUUUCUGCAGCCAGCCUCAAGUGGAUUCUUGAUGUAUUGCAGUUUAUAACACUUCAGCAUGGGCUUCAUCGUUUGAGACCGGAGGUUGCCGCUUGGUCAUUUCACUGCAAAAACUACAGGAGCCCCGAGGGCUCAAAUUAAUCCUAAGAAAGAGACAAAAGUCGUGGAAAUUAAGAUAAACAUUUUGACCACAGACAAAUAAUCUAGAAAAUGCAACAGAUAUAUACAAUACAACCCAAACCCCCAAAAGCCUUCUGAAAGCAGCUGCAUGAAAAUGUAGUGAGGCAGUGGGUGCAUAGUGAGUACAGGUGGAGGGACAUUUCUUUUGGGUAACAGUCCUGUCACUCAUACGCGAUGAACUGUUGUAAAUAUAUAAAAAAUGACGUUAAAUCUGUAUAAUCAGAAUAACUAAGGGAACCUAAUCUUUGACCAUUACAUCCGAUGACUUUCCAGUGAAACACAUAGACAUGUCAGUUCAAAUUCCAUUUCACUGACAGUCAGGACACCAAAAAGGUGUUAUCAUAAUCAAAUAUUUCAUAUAAGUCGAUAUCGAUAAUUAUCACCAUAAAUAUCAAAUUAUUGUUUCAUUUAAAUGAUGAAAUUUUUGUUUUCUAAUAAGCUUCUUGAAUCCAUUAUUUCUGACAGUGCUAACAGGAAGCUUCUUACAACUGUCAUUCUAGCAUUAUCCAGUUGUACCAGUGACACGAUAUCAGGAGAAAAGUUAUAACGCAUAUAUAAUACUGUAACAACUCUACUGUUUGUUAAACGUGUUCAGUGUAGAUGCUCUUAAUUCCUACAGUGUUGACAGUCAGUGAAGGAAUCAGGAGAGGUGUAGAGUGUGAGCUGGAGAGAGGAGAGGACAAGAGGAGAAGUUCUUCAUUCAUUCAAACUUUGAUUGUUGUUUUGUUGGUUGGCGUGAUCACGGCCGACAGUGACCCGUUGUUAAAACUCAACGUGUUCACGAAUCGGCUCGUCAUCCCUACAGCGUCCGGACGGACGCUACAGUUCAUCUACAUUUUCUGUAGGACUUAGUAAAUGUCAUUCAUUCUUCUGCUUGUCAGAGCCCCCGUGGUGAGAGCUUUUUAGACUCUGAUCCGGACUACAGUCCUGAGCAAAGCACCUCAUCAGGUCAGAGGGGACAGGCUUGAGGUGGAGCGAGAGGGGCAGUCAAUAGAGUCAGGGGAAGCAGAGGCAGGAGACGGGGACUCCAGGGUGCACGCCAGGGAAAAUGUACGCGCAGGAGGCGGGCAGAACUGCAGGACGGGAUUUGAUUGGUUUAAAAUUUUGGGUCCCAAAAAACGGUGAUUGGUUGGUGUUUUCCCAGGUUUACUCCGGCUGUAGAUAGCAAAUUUUCUUCGCUCUUUUUUAAGAACACAUUAUGUAUUGAUUGCCAUCAGGACUUAAAUAUCAUUUUAACCAGUAUAACAAAAAGUGUAUCUUAAUCUGAUUACCAACCCCAGCUUUAAAAUGAGAUUUAGUUUGUAGAUUCUUAUUUUUCACAGGUUGAAGUAAUUUGCAUAACUUGAUUUAAAUUUACAACAAAGAUAUAUUCAACUGUAUACUGUAUGUAAUUACAGGUUUGUUUAUAUCAAAUUUGUAUUGAACAUUUGUAAUAUUUAUAUUGAGAAAAAAUUAUACCACGAUAAUUAUCGUUAUUGAAUUAUCGCCCAGCCCUAGAUACGCUGACACCAAAUACAGCCACAUUUCUGUGUCUGGAUUGUUUUUGAGACUUGUUCUUUUUCUGUUAUUUUCUUUUUUCAUAAUGUGUUAGGACUUUGUAUUUUUGUGAAUCAAAAGUAAUCUUGAGUAGCUGACUGAUUCAAAGAGACAAGCAGUCACUGAUCAUAGAUAACAGUUAAAAUGCAUUAUGUUGUGUUUGCUACAGUUUGGAAUUCAAAUGUUCAAAGUGUAGUGCUAAUAAAACAGAUUAUUGCUGCAUGAA